GUGAAACGCAAUUUCGCGCAAAUCCCUGUUUUACCGGCACGUUCGGUCGGUAACGCAAUAGAAUUGAAUUCGCGUGAUAAAAGCGAAAAUUGCGUAAUCGUGACCUCUUCACGCGUUUAUUUAUAAGUGGCUGAGGAAAGCCACAUCAGACAAGAGUCCACCCAACUGUCAAAACUAUAAAAGUUAACCUCAAACGUUUCAAGUUUCGAUUAUCAGUGAAAUGAGUCUGCAGUGGACGCUAAUCGCCGGGUUUCUCUACGUGGAGAUCGCUAUCGUGCUUCUAUUGGUGCUGCCAGUGGCUAGUCCCAAGCGAUGGAACGCCUUUUUCAAGUCAAGGUUUCUGCAAGGGUUGCAGAGACAGGCGGGGAUGUAUUUUAUGAUCCUGUUGGCGAUUCUUGUCCUGUUCCUGCUUGACGCCAUCAGGGAAAUGCGCAAAUAUUCGCAAACAGAAUCCGAAGAACAACACAGUCAUUUGGACCGCGAAAUGCAGGGGAGUAUGCGGCUGUUUAGGGCGCAAAGGAACUUCUACAUCUCCGGAUUUGCCUUGUUUUUGUCACUGGUGAUUCGUCGUUUGGUGAUCCUGAUUUCAUCCCAAGCCGCCUUGUUGGCUCAAUCUGAGGCUUCAAUGCGUCAGGCCCAAAGUGCGACAACAGCUGCUAAGAGUUUAUUGGCUCAAAGGGGCGAAAUUGCCCAAAAUGACACCAACGAAGCCCACGAUAAAGAGAUUUCCGAAUUGAAGAAGAAGAUCAAAGAUUUGGAAGAAGAGCUCGCAACUGAAGUAAGAGAUAAAAACGCAAUGAAGAAACAAUCAGAUAAUUUGGCCAAAGAGUAUGACCGUCUUGCUGAAGAACACAGCAAAUUACAGAAGAAAAUUACCAUCAGUGGCGGUGAUACUGAAACCAAGAAAGAUAACUGAAAAUGUGAUGGUUGUAAGGCUGAAUUAAUCACGAGUAAUGGCUUACUAGAUUACUUAUUAUAUUAAUUUAUGUUUAUUUUGAGAGGUUUCUUUGUGUUGUCCAUGUUUAUGUUAAUUUGGAUUGUUAUUCAUAAUUUUUGUAAUAAAAUAAAGGCACUAUUAAAGUCGGUAAUAAACGGUUUUUACUAAA